CCAUUAAGACCAGUUCUUGAAUACAUUGAUCUGGUCAGUAGUGAUGAUGAAGAGCCAAGCACCUCUCGUAGUGAUGAGAUUUUUAAACCUAAAGACUAUAUUGAUCAUCAGAAGGAUAAAGUUUCUCUAACUUUGGCUCGUCUGGCUCAACAUGUUGAAGUGGAAAAACAGCAAAAAGAAGAGAAGAAUAGAGCAUUCAGGGAAAAAAUUGAUUUUCAGCAUGCUCAUGGGUUACAAGAAUUGGAAUUUAUUCGAGGACAUUCUGACACAGAAGCAGCAAGACUAUGUGUGGACCAGUGGCUAAAAAUGCCAGGACUCAAAAUAGGCACAAUUAAUUCUGGAACAAGGAAUUCAUUCCGGAAAGGAGGACAAAUGCAGAAGUCUGAGAAGCCAGUUUCAUGCCCGAUAAUGCAGUGUAACAAGGAAUUUGACAAUGGCCAUCUUCUCUUAGGACAUCUGAAAAGGUUUGAUCAUUCUCCAUGUGAUCCAACAAUUACAUUACGUGGACCUUUGACCAAUUCCUUUGUUUGUGUAGUAUGUUAUAAAAAUUUCGUUACUCAGCAGCAAUAUAGGGAUCAUCUUUUUGAUAAGGUAGCUACAGAUGACACACAUAGCAGCAGCCUACUACCUCAGAUUAUUCAGUGUUUUGCAUGUCCAAGUUGCUUUCUUCUUUUUAGCAACAAAGAUCAAUGUUUGAAGCAUAUGUUCGGAAAGAAUCAUUUCCAUCAAAGUUUUAAACUAGGUGAUAACAAACCAGUGGCGCGUCCAAUAUCAUUUCCAUCGUUUGCAAAGAAGCUUUUGAUCUCUCUGUGCAAAGAUGUUCCAUUUCAAGUCAGGUGUGUGGCCUGCCACCAGAUGCUGCGUUCACACAUGGAGCUUACUGCCCACUUCAGGGCUCGUUGUCGAAAUGCUGGACCUGUAGCUAUAGCUGAGAAAAGCAUUGUCCAGGUUGCGGAAAAAUUCAUAUUAAGAGCAUAUUGUACAACUUGCAACCAAGUCUUUGUUGAUGAGGCCAGCACACAAGCUCACAAGCAGAAUACAGGACACAAAAUCCGAUUCAUUAACUCAGUAGAAGAAUCCAUCUUACUUUAUUGCCAUAGCAAUGAAAGGAAUAAUAAUCCUUCUGACUUGAAUUUGUUGUUAAGUCAACCAAAGUUUUCAUCACUUAAGCGAACUAUGUCUAUUAAAGAGUCUAGCUCCCAGGAUUGUAGCUCCAUUCCAAAGAAGAAGAUGAAUUUAACAGAUAAAAGCCAUGAAGGUGUGGUUUCUGUUCAGAAUCCAGUGUCAAGAGUUAAAGCUUGGUUUUGUGAAUGCAGUCAGCGCUUCCUAAGUGAAGAUGCAGUAGAAAAGCACGUCUUCUCAGCAAACACCAUGUGUUACAAGUGUGCAGUCUGUGGAAAGGUGUGCGAAGAUUCAGGAGUAAUCCGUUUACACAUGAGCCGGAUUCACGGAGGGGCACAUUUAAAUAACUUUGUUUUUUGGUGUCGAACAUGUAAAAAGGAGUUGUUAAGGAAAGAGACAAUCAUGGCACAUGUGACUGAAUUUCAUAAUGGGCAUAGGUAUUUUUAUGAGAUGGAAGAGACAGAAGAUGAGCCUUUGCCAUCAUCCUCUUCAGUGAGUAAUUUGACUGCUAACAAACCUACACCUAUCACCGUUGCUGAUCAUUUCCCAGCAAACAGCCCUCCACGGGGCAAAUGGCAGUGCCGAAUUUGUGAAGAAAUGUUUGACUCCCAUGAAUGUGUGAAACAGCACUGCAUGGCUUUGUCAAGUCACCAGUUUCAUAGGUACAGCUGUAGCCAUUGCAGAAAGACUUUCCAUAAAAUUGAAACAUUACACCGACAUUGUCAGGAUGAACAUGACAAUGAAGUAAAGAUUCAGUACUUUUGUGGGCUUUGUGAUCUUGUCUUUAAUGUGGAAGAAGCAUUUCAGAGUCAUUACAAGGAGCAUCACAGCAUAGAUUAUAUGUUUGUGGCAGAAAAAAUGGAAAGAUCAAUUAAAACUGAGGAUGAUUUUCAAGUCAUAGAGACCAGCAACCUGUUGAGCUGUGGUUGCCAUGAGAGUUACAUGUGCAAAAACAACAGAAAGGAGGAUUACAGUAGAUGUCUGCAAGCCAUGCUAGCUAACGGGACAUUGUGGUUUCGCUGCAGUUUGUGCUCAGCAACAUCACAGAAGUUGGAUGACAUGAACACUCACCUCUAUCAAGUGCACAGAGCAGAAGGGAAAGCUCCAGAGGAGCUGCAAUAUGUGGUCAAGUGUGGCACCUGCACCAAAGCAUUUCAGGACCUUGGGAGGGCCCAGAAGCACUUCCACAGAAAUCACAGCUCCUCAGAGAGGCUUAGCACAGUGCGUGUCAAAGCUGAGAAACGAAGCCCAGGCAAGAGGGCAGCUAGCCCCACCAGUGUAGAGAACAGACUCAAGCAAGCAGUGGGUAGUCCAGAAUGUUCAGACAUGGAGAAAGGAGCUGAGGAUGACCUCAGUGGUCAGAAAAUAGAGGAAGAAGUUGAGCUGCCAGAUUUGGAUUACCUGCGAACCAUGACUCAUAUAGUCUUUGUAGAUUUUGAUAACUGGUCCAACUUUUUUGGUCAUCUGCCAGGGUAUCUUAACCAAGGAACAUUUAUUUGGGGCUUUCAAGGAGGAAACACCAAUUGGAAACCUCCCCUCAGCUGUAAGGUAUAUAAUUACUUGAACAGGAUUGGUUGCUUCUUCCUUCAUCCUCGGUGUAGUAACAGAAAAGAUGCUGCUGAUUUUGCUAUAUGUAUGCAUGCUGGCCGCCUUGAUGAACAACUACCCAAGCAAAUUCCUUUUACCAUCCUCUCAGGAGAUCAAGGUUUUCUGGAGUUAGAGAAUCAAUUUAAGAAGACUCAGAGGCCAGCUCAUAUCCUAAAUCCUCACCACUUAGAAGGAGAUAUGAUGUGUGCCUUGUUAAACAGCAUAUCUGAUGCCACCAAAGAAUGUGACAGUGAGGAGAACAUGGACCCAGAAACUACUUCAGUGGAAAAUGACUUCAGAUCCACAGAAGAUCUGGAAUUAGAAGAAGCUAUUAGAAGAAGUCUUGAGGAAGUGUAACGAAAGAUAUUACCACACAACAUCAAUUGGCCUUGAGGACCAGAAGCCUUCUAGUACAGAUAUAUCUGAAGAUGCUUUUGCUUUCAUAUGUUCACAAUCUCACAUCUGUUUUGUUUUCUUGGGUAUUAUACAAAAUAUGUAUGAGAGGAAUAGAAUACAUGCUAAGGCAAAUAUGGAUUAUGAUUGUCAUAGUUUCUCAUCUAACCUAAAAUAUGUGUAUAGUUAGGUUGAAAGCAUUCUUAAAAAGUGGGGGAGGAAAAGCUCUUGGCUGCUGUUUAUGUUUCCACGUGUUACUUCUUUGGUUUCAUUUGUACUGGGCAAAUGAUGCUAGAUUAUUUUUUUAGGAGUGAAAAUAUAAAUAAAUGUGCCAUAACUGUUUUUCCACAAAUUCUGUACCUCAUGUGGCACUGUUUGUGAUUGUUUUGAUUGGUUUGUUUUAUGAAAAAUCCAUAACAAAAAACUUGGUAUUGACUGGAUGGGCUUUGUUGUUUUUGAGCCAAGUGUUGAAGGUUUCAAGGAAUAGAGUUAAGGAGGAGGAACUUGGACAUUGACAACAGCAGGUAGGCAGAGAACUGACUGGCCAGCAUUAUCAAACUGCAUGGCAGCGCCUGUGUGUGACAGCUGAGUACUCCCUUGUAUAGCCAUAGUCAACUCUUGUUGGAGGUGAUGGAGGUCUGGCUUUAUAUCAGAGAUCAAGCUCUGCUCCUGCUCCGGGAGGAGGGGGUGGGACUUCCACAAGCUCUGCCAUGGUCGUUUUCAACGUAGGCAGGUGUUACAAAUGGUGUGUCUUUAUUAGAACUCAAUCGUGGGACCCUGCUAAAACUUUCACUACUGACAUACUCUGUGAGAAUCAUGUAAAUAUAUAUUCUUUCUUUAACUGGAGCAGCACAUUGCUAAUUUAAAAAAACAAAACACUUUUUUCUUCAAAGUAUUAACAUGAAACUUUCUAUUUCCUUUACUUGCUUAGAUUUUUGUGACUUGAUUGUCAAAAAUGAUGUCAGAAUAUAUUAAUAGAAUUAAACUUAUUUUUAAAUAAUACUAGUCUUUAUAUUUUUGUGCACAUAUGAUUUUCUUCAAAAAAACAUGUUGAAAGUCUCCUCAUAUUCUUAGUGCUUUAAAACUUGUAUUUCAUGUGGAUUAUCUCUAUUCAUUGAAUUGUCCGUUUUCUGAACCUGGUAUUGCCUAUUCUUCAGUUGAAACUUCCUUGUGAAUUUAAAACUAUUUCUCUAAAUACAACUAUUUCUCUAAAUAUAUUUGACAUAUAAGGCUCUUUAAAUUU